AUGUCACAAUCUUCACGCAUGGUGUACAAGAUCACCGUCCUUGGCGACGGUGGUGUGGGCAAAACCGCGCUCACAGUCCAAUUCACCAUGUCGUCAUUUGUCGAGACGUACGACCCAACGAUUGAGGACUGCUACCGCAAACAAUGGGUCGUCGACGACCAGCCGUGCUUGUUAGAGGUGCUCGACACGGCUGGACAGGAGGAGUACACGGCGCUACGGGAUCAGUGGAUCCGUGACGGAGAAGGCUUCCUGGUAGUCUACAGCAUUGCUGCACGCAGCACAUUCGACCGGGUCGAGAAGAUUGUCGAACGCGUCAUGCUUGUCAAGGACGAGGCGAGUUUGAGCGCAACAGACAACGUGUACGGGCGGCCAUCGCCGCGACAGCGCGUGCGCACGCCCAUUGUCAUUGUCGGCAACAAGCGCGACCAGGGCAACGACCGCGAAGUAUCUCUGGAGGAGGGGCGCGCCCUAGCCACCCAGCUCGGCUGCGACUUUUUCGAGACAUCAGCACGUCUCAAUCAGAACGUCGAAGCCGCGUUCAAGCAGCUCGUCCGCAGCAUCAAGAUUGCCAAGCGCGGACCCGAGGCCGCUGCGCCCCCCUCCGCACCCACCCAGCCAAAGAGGAAGCACCGAAAGUGCAUCGUCUUGUAG